GCUUCGGACAACAUUUUCGCUAAGGAAAAAGUUGUUUCAAAUCACCUCCCGGACCACCCCUUUCAAGGUGUUACAACAUUUUUGGGACACCCUGUAGUUUGGUUGAAUGAAGGUUUCUCAUUUUUGUUUUUAUUUGCAUACAGAAAUUUAUAUUUUUGGGGAUGUGAUACACCUAUAAAUGUAUCAUUCGACGGUAUUGGAAGUGCAUGGUUCAUGGUUAAAUAUAAAGAUUUGUGAUAGAAUUUUAUAAACAUUUUGUAUUUAAAUAGGAUUUAAUAAGAACGCUCUAUGUAAGUUAUUUAUAAAAAUAUCGAUAAGCCAAAGACUGGUUUACCGUGAGAAGUGAGUGGAAGAAAUAAAAAUUAGUGUAAGAAAGUGAAAAAUGGCAUUAAUUAGAAGAGCAACCCAUGCUGGUAGUUGGUACGCAGGCUCUGGUUCGGAGCUGAAUAAGCAAUUAGAAGGUUGGUUAGGUGCGGCAGACUUAUCGCAUGGACCUGCCAGGGCAAUUAUUGCCCCACAUGCAGGUUACAGCUAUUGCGGAGCAUGUGCUGGUUUUGCGUAUCGCCAGAUUAGUCCAGUUGUUGUGCGUAGGAUAUUUAUUCUGGGCCCUUCACAUCACGUGAGAUUAUCAGGCUGUGCUCUUUCUUCUGCUUCAAUUUAUCAAACGCCGCUGUAUGAUCUACAUAUUGAUCAACAAGUAUGCAGAGAACUCGAAGAAACUAGACAUUUUGAAUGGAUGGAUUUAAAUACAGACGAAGAAGAACAUAGCAUUGAAAUGCAAUUGCCAUUUAUAGCAAAGGUCAUGGAAGGGUUUAAAGAUUCUUUUACUAUUAUUCCUAUAUUGGUUGGAUCGUUAAGUCCAGAAAGAGAAGCACUUUAUGGAAGAUUGUUGGCACCAUAUAUGGCUGAUCCACAAACAUUAUUUGUUAUUUCCUCGGAUUUUUGUCACUGGGGACAACGGUUUCGUUAUACUUAUUAUGAUACAUCGUGUGGUGCUAUUCAUAGAUCUAUUCAGAAUCUUGAUAAAAUGGGUAUGGACAUUAUAGAAACUUUAAAUCCCACAGUGUUUACUGGUUACCUUAAAAAAUAUGGUAAUACUAUAUGUGGCCGACAUCCUAUCAGUGUUUUAUUACAGGCGAUUCAUAGUUUAAAAGGAAAUACCAAUGGCCAAAGAAUGAACUUGAAGUUUCUUAAAUAUGCUCAAAGUAAUCAAUGCAAUAACAUGAAUGACAGUUCUGUUAGUUAUGCUAGUGCUUCCUUGGUUCUUGAGUGAUAAAAUAUACAACUUCGAUAUUGUUACUGUCAGUUGAAAAAUUCACACAAGAGAAAGUACUAAAAAAUAAAUGACAGUAAUGACCUAUCAACCAUCAAACACAUGAAUCGAGAUUCUCGCAAGUGUCUUUUUUAUGUCUACAAAAAAUAAUAACACGAAGAUCUAGUAACAAGUAAUUAUCUUAUGUGAAAUUUCCUUGGUUAUCUGAGAAGAAAUACAUUAAUUCGUGCAAUAAACAUCGUAUGUAGAAAUAUAUUGUCAUAAAAUUGUUUUGUUUAAAGGUAUUUCGGUUUAUUACUUACAAGAAAUAAUCAGUACUUCCAGAUAUUAAUUGUGGAAGGAGCUUAAGUAUUUCUUUGCUUUGAUUAUUGCUACAAGUAAUAGCAUAAAAUAAGGCUACGUUAUUCAUCGUACCAAGAAAGCAGAAAUUCAGUCUAUCGAUCAAGAAGAGAUUACUGAUAAAUUAAUGCUUUACAGUUUUAUUACAUCGAUGUAAACAAUUGUUAAAAAUUUUAAAAAUGUAUUUAUUAUUAAUGUUAUUAAUUUCAAUUUUUCAAUGCAUUUAGUUGAGAGAAUGACGAGGGAGGUAAUAUUUUUUCAUAAAAUAUUAUGUCACAACGAUAUUUGUAAAUUAUAUUUCAAUAUAAGUAUGAUACUGUCCAUUGUGUAGAAUUAUUGGUUGUGAUUCGAAGAUAUACUACUAGUAUAAAGUUAUUCGUUACAUAAAACCGUUUGAAACUUUUUAAUCUAGUAUCAUUUAUUUAUUUUCCGUGAAUAGAAUGACAAAUAUUAAGAAAAUUAAUACAAAUAUAUAUAUACACACACAUAUAUAUAUAUACUUUAUUUUUGUAUUAUUUAUCUCAGGGACAUAUUUACACCUAACAGUAAAAAUAAAUUUUAAACAUAUCUCUUCUAUGUCGCUAGUAUGAAUGGUCUGCAACAAUGAAUGUUACAUGGAACAUUAUUACAGAAAUAAUGGAGUACAACUUAACUAUUCUUUUUCCCUUUAAAACAAAGCAAUGAAAUGAUCUCAAAUCCUUCCUACCCUAUAAUCUCUUGUUAUUUCUCGUUAGCAUAAAAAAUUAAACAGAACAAUACCAAUAUUGUAUUGUCAUAAUGUUAUCAUGUAAGUGUGAAGGAGGAUCAGUAGAGAAAAAAAUGCAUGUAAAAUAUUUUAAGCUAUUACUAAUGUUUUAUUCAUUACGAGUUAUUAAUAUUUAUGUUACAAUAAAACAUUUUUAUAGUAAAUUUUAUGUAAAUUUUUGUGAGAUUUGUUUUGUAAUAAAGUGAAGUAAACAUUUUUUAA